UUGAAGAUGGGCCCAACUAGCUCAAUGCAGUGAUAAAUAUUGCUACUACACACAUUUCUCCCCCGAUCUCUCUCAAAUCAAAGGAAACUAGAAAAAACCAAGAGAUUCUUUCAUGGCCUCUUUGUUUAUGAAUACUCUCAAAGCCACCCUGCCUCACGUCUCUAAAGAUCUCUUCCCAAGAUACAACAAUCUGAACAAAUCCAAGGCUUUCCUCCCUAUUACGAAAAAACACUUUUCGCCAACUCCUAGAAGAUCUUCAUCGUCUGUCUCCAGUCUAACUCCACAACUAGACCAAACUCUACUUGAUUAUCAAGAAGAUGAUAGGCCUCUAAGUGAAAUAUGGAAGGAAAUUCAAGGCUUCAAUGACUGGGAAGGACUCCUAGACCCCAUGAACUCUCAUCUCCGUAAAGAAAUAAUCCGCUAUGGAGAGUUCGCGCAAGCAUGCUAUGAUUCUUUCGAUUUCGAUCCUCACUCCAAGUACUGUGGCGCAUGCAAAUACCAAGGAGGUCAUUUCUUCGAUAAGCUGGAUAUGCAAGGCCAUGGUUACAAAAUCAGCAGGUAUCUCUACGCCACUUCAAAUAUUAACCUCCCAUAUUUCUUCCAGAAAUCUAAGCUAAACAGCGUUUGGAGCGUCCAUGCAAAUUGGAUGGGCUACGUUGCCGUCACAACCGAUGAAGGAGAAAUCAAACGGCUAGGCCGCCGCGAUAUAAUCAUAGCAUGGAGAGGCACAGUCACUUACUUAGAGUGGAUAUAUGAUCUUAAAGAUUUUCUUUGCUCUGCUAAUUUUACCAACGACCCAUCCAUCAAAAUCGAGUCAGGAUUUUAUGAUUUAUAUACCAAGAAAGAAAACUCUUGUAAAUAUUGCUCAUUUUCAGCUCGUGAACAAGUUUUAGCAGAGAUUAAGCGACUUCUUGACUAUUACAGAGGUGAAGAAAUUAGUAUCACAAUCACGGGUCACAGCCUAGGGGCAGCUUUGGCUAUAUUAAGUGCCUAUGAUAUUGCAGAGAUGAGGCUUAAUUAUAUGGACCAUGAAGAGUCGAAGAAUAGAAUUCCUAUAACAGUCUACUCUUUCGCUGGCCCUCGAGUAGGAAAUCUCAAGUUUAAAGAACGAUGCGAAGAGCUUGGAGUUAAGGUUCUAAGAGUGAUUAAUGUGCAUGAUAAGGUACCAACAGUGCCAGGGAUUUUUGCUAAUGAGAAAUUCCAAUAUCAAAAGUACGUGGAGGAGACCAUGUCGUUUCCUUGGAGCUAUGCACAUGUAGGGGUGGAACUUGCGUUGGAUCACACCCAAAGUCCAUUUCUAAAGCCCACUAAUGAUCUUGGUUGUGCACAUAAUCAGGAGGUCCACUUACACUUGGUGGAUGGCUACCAUGGCAAAGGACGACGGUUUUGCCUGGCAACUAAGAGAGAUAUUGCCCUUGUUAAUAAGAGUUGUGAUUUCUUGAGGAGCGAGUAUGGUGUGCCACCGCACUGGCGGCAAGACGAGAACAAAGGGUUGGUGAGAAAUAGAGAAGGGCGAUGGGUGGUGCCAGAAAGGCCUAGAGUGGAGGCCCAUCCAGAAGACACGGCUCACCACCUUGAACAAGUGCUCAAAAUUGCAAGCUCGUCUCAAGUGGAAGCAAUCUGAAUUUGAUGUUGCAGCCACUGACCAAACUUGGUUGUGUGUUUACCUAGGUGGGAGUCCUUUGUGCUUGCGCUAAUUUGACAUGGAGAUCGUUGGAGGGACAAUAUUGUUUGCACUUUGAGAAGUUCUUAUGUUUGUGAAGAGAUUUCUUCCUUUUAUGUGAAAUGAAACGUAGUGAGUAAAUUCAGUUCAUCAUCAUUCACAUGAAAAAAUAAUUUCCUUUAAACUAUAGAAAGUUUUUGGGAUGAAUCCUAUAUGAAAAAUAUAAUUUUGUAAU